AUGUGGUGGCAAUGUGCCAUCUACCGGAACCAUAAUUUCCACAAAAUUGUGGAGAUGAGCUCCGUCGCAGAAUACAUGUUCCUAGGUGUUCGUGUCGUCAUACAGGAGAUACCUUGGAAGGAAAUGACCGCCGGUGUGGCUUGA